AUGUGCUCACAGGCUCCUCCUCUCUCCCCAGGUGCCGGGCCUCCUGCUGACCAGACCGUGGUCAUAGAAGAGUUCCGGUACUUAUCCCAGAAGCUGUUUGUGUCGGUGUCGGUGUUCGCCGGCCUCGGGAUCCUGCUGGGCAUCGUGUGUCUAACCUUCAACAUCUACAACAGCAAUGUCAGGUACAUCCAGAACUCGCAGCCGUACCUCAACAAUAUGACGGCGGUGGGCUGCAUGAUGGCGCUGGCGGCUGUCUUCCCUCUGGGCAUCGACGGGCUCCAUGUGCACCGCAGGCAGUUCCCUGUGGUGUGCCAGUUCCGGCUGUGGCUGCUGGGCCUGGGCUUCAGUCUGGCUUAUGGGAGCAUGUUCACCAAGAUCUGGUGGGUCCACACCGUCUUCACCAAGAAGGACGAGAAGAAAGACCGGAGGAAGCACCUGGAGCCGUGGAAGCUGUACGCCACCGUGGGGGUUCUCCUGGGCAUUGACGUCCUGUCCCUGAUGAUCUGGCAGAUAGUAGACCCUCUGCACAUCACAAUUGAGAAAUUCACCAGAGAGGACCCCAAAGGAGACCUGGACGUCCUGAUCCAGCCGCUGCUCGAGCACUGCAGCUCAGAGAAGAUGAACACGUGGCUGGGUGUGGUGUACGGGUACAAGGGCCUGCUGCUGCUGCUGGGGAUCUUCUUGGCCUACGAGACCAAAUCCAUCUCCACCGAGAAGAUCAACGACCACCGCGCUGUGGGCAUGGCCAUCUACAACGUGUCUGUGCUGUGCAUGAUCACCGCCCCGGUCACCAUGAUCCUGUCCUCUCAGCAAGACGCCUCCUUCGCCUUCGCCUCUCUGGCCAUCGUCUUCUCCGUCUACAUCACUCUGGUGGUUCUCUUUGUGCCUAAGAUGCGGCGGCUGAUCACCAGAGGGGAGUGGCAGUCAGACACACAGGAGACCAUGAAGACCGGCUCUUCCACCAACAACAACGACGAGGAGAAGUCCAGGCAGCUGGAGCGGGAGAACAAGGAGCUGCAGAAGAUCAUCCAGGAGAAAGAGGAGCGUGUGUCCGAGCUACGGAACCAGCUGUCGGAGCGCCAGGCCCUGCGCUCCCGGAGACGAGCCUCCACCAUCACCAUCAACCAGAACCACAGCAGCACGCCGCCGCAGCCAAUCCGUGACCCCCGCUCGCUGGCCCCGCCCCCCGGCUACCCCGCGCCCACGCUGGACCCGACCACUUUCUCCAGCCCCAACCUGUACCAGGCCGACAGCAAGCUAAACCGCAACAACUGCCACACCACCACCAGCCGCCUGCAGAUGCUCUACAAGUGA